AUGACUAUAUCAUUUGUAUCACAGGACUCGGCGAGGACCGCAACUCGGCCGAUGCCAAGCAGGGUUAACCUCGAGGACAAGAAGACCUACUUGGACCUCCUUAUCCUCAAGCUUACCGUUGAAGAGUUAGAUCAGCUUGUCCAACUUAGCCCAAGUGCUGGGCUCGGCGCCAUAUGUGACUGGUAUCCUACCCACUACUCGCAGUUUAACUCUCUCCAGGCUCUGAAUCUAGACAAAUCACGACUCAAGAUUCCGCUCAUGGCAACAGGUGAAUGCCUCCAUGGUCUGUGCUCAAACAAAGCAUCUGUGUUCCCUCAAGCCCUCGCCUUGUCAAGUAGUUUUGAUAUCAACCUCGUUCAUCGAGUUGGGCGAGCCCUUGGUGCAGAGGCUCGUUCCAUCGGGAUUCAUGCUUGCUUCGCGCCAGUGCUUGAUAUUGCAAAGGAGCCUCGGUAUGGAAGAAGCCAGGAGACUUUUGGCGAAGAUUUCGUCUUGGUUUCGCAUAUGGGCGUGGCUUAUUCCUCUGGCCUAUCCAAGAAUGGAGCGGUGUCCGAUUCCGAUGCUACUGUCCCCGUCUUGAAACAUUUCGCUGGUCAUGGAGUCCCAUCUGGAGGGUUGCACUCUAAUGCGUGGGCGGGACGUGGUCGCCGAGAGCUUCUCUCGGAGACCUUAAUUCCCUUCAAAGCCGCCAUCGAACAAGCACGUGGAGUGAGGGGUAUCAUGAUGUCCUAUACAGCAUUGGAUGAUUUACCUGCCCACAUCGACCCGUUUCUCUAUAAGCAGCUUAAAAAAUGGUCAUUUGACGGAUUCGUUAUAUCUGAUUGGUGCGGAUUACAAGAGACUGUGACAGGUCAUCUUGUUGCCGAGUCACCAGCUGAUGCCAUUCGCCAGUGGCUUAACGCUGGUGGAGGAAUCUUCCUCUACGACUUUACCCCUGAUGUCAUUGUGAGCUCAAUUAUUGAACUUGUCAAGAACGGAGGUGUGGAGCUCUCAGUACUUCAAGAACGAGUCAGAAAGAUUCUAGAGGUGAAGUAUGAUCUGGGACUCUUCCAUAAUCCAUACCUCUCCGAAGUUAUAGACUCUCAGGCCAUCACUAUCUCCCAUAUUCCCCUAGCGCUGGAAGCAGCCCAGAACUCAAUUGUACUCUUGGAGAACCGAAAUGAGACGCUACCACUUCAGCCAUUGAAGCAACGGAUCAGAAAAAUUGCUAUAGUUGGCCCAUUCGCUGACACUUUCAACUUCGGAUCCUACACCGGCGUAUGGGGAGCUAAUCCGGCAGACCGAGCGAGCACCAUUCGACAAGGCCUUCUCCAACAUCUUGCGAACAUACCGAACUCGGGUAUCGACCUGGUUUCAGCUUGGGGCGCCAAUAGCUGGCAAUACAACUCACAAUAUCCGAUUCCUGGAUAUCUUCUGUCCACUGACGGUUCUUCUGGCGCACUCCAAGCAACGUACUACCACGAUACCAAAUUUCAACAAGCCGCAUUUCAGACUACUGAAAUUCCAAACCGCGACUGGGGUCUCUAUCCGCCCAUCGGCCUUAGCUCCAACAGCUUCGGCGUUGUUUGGGAGGGCGGGCUUGAAGUGCCAGUGAGCAGCCCGGUCGAUGGAUGGAUUGGUGUUGCUGUUUCACCAAAGACGGCCGCGCGGUUGUAUAUUGAUGGCAAGCUGAUUUCAGAAUCAGACGACAACAAAGCUGGAACUGUUUUGAAAGAGAUUAUGCCGUACACCUACGCUGCCAACAACGGCUCCGAGCCACCUCCCGGAGGAGCCAGCUUUAUCUUUACGCCUGGAUCCAAGCACCAUAUUCGAAUAGAAUGCGAAGUACACGCCAACUGGCCAAGGACAAGCGCCGCUGGUGUUCACUCAAAGGUCCAGUUUUGGUGGAACCUAGUCGAUCGAAAGGACCCUGUCGGUCAAGCAAGGAUGGCGACCGCUGAUGCAGACUUGAUUAUUCUUGCCGUCGGGGCUGCUUGGAACAGUGACGGUGAGAAUGGCGACCGUGCCACCCUCGGCCUAUCCACCGAUCAGACAAAACUUGCACAUGCCAUGUAUGCGCAGGGGAAACCUGUGGUACUUGUCCUAGAGGGCGGUCGCCCUUUUGCCAUCCCCGAGUUUUAUGCGCAAUCUGCUGCAGUUCUCAGCACCGGCUUUCUAGGCCAAGCGGCUGGCCAAGCCAUUGCAGAUGUGCUCUUUGGGGUCGUCAACCCCGGUGGGCGACUGACAAUGAGCGUUCCUUAUGACGCUGGCGCUCUUCCCGUGUAUUAUAACCAGAGAACUACCAAGCCCGCGAGCCACAUACCGUAUUACCUUGACGUCCCUAAGCCAGUCCUGUAUUCCUUUGGAUAUGGAUUAUCGUACACGACGUUUUCUCAGGACUUGCAAGGUGCUAAAUCUACCUCUAAAGGAACGAAGGAGUGUACCUUUUCGCCUGGGGACACGAUUUCGUUUUCUGUACUUGUCCACAACAUUGGCCCAGUCUCUGGAAGCUAUGUUCCUCAGAUUUACCUGCUAAGACGCCAGGGUUCGUCCGUCACGACACCCAACAAACAGCUUGUCGCAUUUACUCGCGUCUACCUCGAUGCGGGAGACGCUACUACCGUGACACUGCAAUUGGAGGUGGACCUUUAUCUUCCUCUCAUCAAUCGCUCGUAUGAGCGUGUGUUGGAGGCAGGAUCAUACACCUUUGCCUUGAUGAAUGAUGGGUCGCUCGAUGCUCCAGCAAUCGCCGAGGUUAUCCUACGCGUGGAGUCUUCGCACGUAUACGAAAAGUAUUAG